AUGCCUGUCCAAGAUAUCAAAGGUGCAAAACAAUCUUUUGAUAGUAAAAGCCUCGAUUUCAACGGAUUAAAUAUGGAUCAGAAUGGAGCUGGUUACACAUCUAUGCAAUCCCCAAGUACCGAGAAUCCAAACGUGCUAUCACUUUAUAAGGAUAUUACCAGUAGUGGAGAACUACCAAUAAGGCCGUCUUCUCAACCAGUUAGAACGAGAAAUAGAGGCUAUAGUUUGAGAACACAAUUACUGAACACACAUCUUGUCAAACAAUCUGAGAAUUAUCUUGAGGAUCGUAAUAAUGAGCAAGAUAUCGAACUAGCCUCGGUAGGGAAUACUUACACUCCUGAUGGGUAUACUAGAAACAAAGAAGAAUACAACGAGAACGACCAAUUUGGCACAGAUUUUGUCAAUGAUUCAAUGUUAGAUUUCAGUGAAGAUUUAAAGAACAUUAAGGAUGCCAAGUUUAUAUCGGGUAAAAAUGGGGUGAAGUUAAGCAACGAGUUUGAUGACAAGUUUGACAGGGAUGACGAUUAUAGAUUAAAGAGUAAAACUAAACUCAUGAUGAACAACAAUGCUAUCAAUUUUUUCAAAAAAAUGUAUAUCCUAUUGUCCGGCGGAAGAAUAGAAUUAUCCUCUGUGGGUGGGAGGGAAAUUCCAAUCUCCAUCAACUUGAACAAUACAGAUUUUCCAAAAAUUCUUGAUAAACAAAACAAGCCAUUACUUAUUGAUAAUCGUCAAAAUAAACCAUAUGUUGACAAUCUCAUUACUUCGUCUAAAUAUACGUUAUGGAGUUUCCUUCCUAGACAACUAUACGCACAAUUUUCAAAACUUGCAAAUUGCUAUUUUAUGACCAUUGCCAUAUUCCAGCUAAUUCCCAACUGGUCCACAACCGGUACAAGUACCACAAUCAUUCCACUUUCCAUAUUUAUUACAAUCGCAAUGUUACGUGAAGGUUGGGAUGACAUGAAAAGACACAAGCUAGAUAAAGAAGAGAAUCAUCGCCAUACAAAAGUGCUUAAAGAAUUGGAGUCUCCUAAAUCUUUAUUUGAGUCAGAUAUGAGGUUCAGUAAGAGUACGGCGUCAUUUUCAAGAUUGAGACCAAGUGGUCAAUCUUUUGACUUGGAAUUCGAAGAUGAUUUAGAGCUAGAGAGAGAAGCGGAGUCAAAAAAUUCGUAUGAUAGUGAGCGGCUUUUGCACUCUAUGGGUGUAUCUGCCAACAAAAUUAAAUGGAAAGACGUCAAGGUUGGUGACAUCGUUAAACUGGAGUGUGACGAGUGGGUUCCUGCUGAUAUGAUACUUUUGACAAGUACCAAUGAAUUAGGUGAAGCUUUUGUGGAAACCAUGGCAUUAGACGGGGAGACUAAUUUGAAGUCUAAAAUUCCUAAUAUAGAGUUGCAUAAAAAGGCCAACAGGGCAAAGAGUCUCUUUAAUUUGACAGGUAAGGUUUUAUCUGAAGAUCCAAAUAAUGAUCUAUAUAAUUAUGAAGGCUCCAUUGACUUACCUAAUAUGGAAACUCAGGAAAUGGAGACGUACCCCCUCGGGCCAGACCAAAUUUUAUAUAGAGGUUCAAUACUGAGGAACACAGAUUCAUGUUUGGGCUUAGUUAUAUUCACUGGUGAAGAAACAAAGAUCAGAAUGAAUGCGAUCAAAAAUCCUAGAAUCAAGGCGCCUAAAUUACAGAAAAAAAUCAACAUGAUUGUUGGGUUCAUGGUUUUCGUUGUCAUAACAUUAUCUUUAUUCAGUUUCAUGGCUCAGAAUAUCUUCCAGAAAAAAUAUGGCUCAAAUAUGUGGUAUACCUUAGGUACACAAGCAGGUGUUGUACCGACAAUUAUGGGAUUUAUUAUUAUGUACAACACCUUGAUUCCACUUUCGUUGUACAUAACAAUGGAAAUGAUAAAAGUUGUACAGCUACAGCUACUUCAAUGGGAUAUAGAUAUGUACCACUUACCCUCAGAUACACCAGCAGAAGCACGGACGGCGACAAUUUUAGAGGAAUUAGGACAAGUUAGUUAUAUUUUUUCUGAUAAAACAGGUACCUUGACAGAUAACGUUAUGAUAUUUCGGAAGUUCUCUGUCUGUGGAGUUCCUUGGCUUCAUAACGUUGAUGUGUUACUAAAAGGGGAGCAACACAAUGAUCCUAACGAUAUAUCGGAUGUCUUCAAAGACAGUGAAGAGAAGCCGGGCAUGUUGAUAACAGAUGGGAGACCAAGUAUGGCCUCUUUGAAUCAGAUUAGAAAACAACAAGGACAGGAAGAAGAAGAAAAGAAGAAGCACGAUUCAAUAAAAACAUCAUUUGAAUUUAUUCAAUUUAUCCAGUCGAACCCAAGUUCGGUUUUUGCUGAGAAAGCAACACUUUUCUUACUAUCGCUUGCCCUGUGUCACACUUGUUUACCAAGAAGGUUUAUGAAGGACACACCUCAGAGUGGCGACAAUGAUUCAAUCGAUUCCAUAGAUAGGACUUCGGCACUAAACCCAUUUGCGAGUGAUCAAGAAGAAGGUGAAGAAUCCAUAGAAUAUCAGGCAGCAUCUCCAGAUGAAUUAGCUUUAGUCCAAGCCGCAUGCGACAUGGGAUUUAUCUUGUUUGAUAAGAAACUAAAGACAGUAACGUUGAAAACAUUUCCCAAGGGCUUUGAUAAUGAAUCAAAGCUAACCAAAUAUGAGAUACUAGAUGUUAUUGAAUUUUCAUCUGCCAGAAAAAGAAUGUCAGUAAUUGUUAAGUUUCCUAAUGAUGAGAUUAUAAUGUUCUGUAAAGGUGCAGAUAAUGUCAUACUCGAGAGGUUACAUAAUUCAGCUAUUGUUAGUGAAAAGCAAAGAGAGAUUGACAGGAGUAUUGAAGGCCGGAAGAAAGCUGAAGCAGAGUUUAUUUUGAAUAAAAGGUCUAUCGAUCAAAUCAAUUCGGCGACUUCGCCAAGAAGUUCGUUUGGAACGGUCCGGAGGAGUCUAUCGUUAUCGAGAAAAUCUAUGGCUAAUGAUGCAUAUGGUAAUAUCGAUUCAAUGCUAGAGAAUGAAAAUGAUGUUGAUGAACUUGUAAAGAUGUCUAGGAAAUCCAUAGAAGUUGAAAGUCGUAAGAAAUAUAACCUGUCCAAAAAUCAAUAUAUUCCCCCAGUUAAGUUAUUAAAAAAUGAGAAAUUUUUGAUUGAGAGAACACUACGGCAUAUCGACGAUUUUUCAUCGGAAGGUUUAAGAACAUUACUUUAUUCAUACCGAAAACUGAAUGAGAAUGAGUACAAGGAGUGGAGCCGGAGGUAUGCCGAAGCUAAAACUUCGCUAGUCGACAGAGCUGAUAAUAUUGCAAAAGUUGGUACCGAAUUUGAAAAUAAUUUAAUUCUCUUAGGAUGUACUGCUAUUGAAGAUAAACUACAAGAAGGAGUUCCCGAGGCAAUAGAGAAACUGAGACGCGCAGGUAUUAGAAUGUGGAUGUUAACAGGUGACAAAAGAGAAACUGCAAUUAAUAUUGGUUACUCAUGUAAGUUAAUAAAAGAUUAUUCUAAAGUUGUCAUCUUGUCAUUAGAUAGAGAGAACCAAAUGGAUGAUAUAGUAUCUACCAUUAAAGAAACAGAAAUGGAGAUAUAUGAGGAGAGCAUAGCACAUUGUGUCGUUGUUAUCGAUGGCUCAACAUUGACCGAAGUCGAAAAGGAUGAGGCAAUACUAUCGUUGUUCAUUAGAUUGGGUGUUCAGGCUGAUUCAGUGAUAGUCUGUCGUGCCUCGCCCUCACAGAAGGCAAAUAUGGUUACAAAGGUAAGAAACUUGGAUAAAAGUAAAGUUACUUUAGCAAUUGGUGAUGGAGCGAACGACAUUGCGAUGAUACAGAGUGCCGACGUUGGCAUUGGUAUAACGGGUAAAGAAGGUCUACAAGCCGCCAGAACCAGUGAUUAUUCCAUUGCACAAUUUAGAUAUUUAUUAAAGCUACUUUUGGUCCAUGGUCGAUACAACUAUAUUAGAACAUCUAAGUUUGUACUUUGUACAUUCUACAAAGAAUUGAUGUUCUAUCUAUCACAGUUGAUAUAUCAAAGAUAUACCAUGUUCACUGGAUCUUCGAUGUAUGAAUCAUGGUCAUUAUCGAUGUUCAAUACGCUAUUCACCUCAUUACCGGUGUUGUGUAUUGGAAUGUAUGAUCGGGAUUUGAAUCAAUCCACUUUAAUAGCGGUACCUGAACUCUAUCAUAAAGGUGUGAAGAACGAAACAUUCAAUCUACCAGUUUUUAUUCAAUGGGUUUUACUUGCUACGUCUCAAUCAGUUACGGUCAGUUUUGUACUCUUUCAAAUAUAUGGAUUCCCUGCCUUGUUGGAUAAUACCACCUAUCCAUUAGGUGUAGUAUUAUUUACAACCUUUAUUAUUAUAAUCAACGUCAAAUUAAAUAUUGUUGAAAUGCAUACCAUAACCAAAGUGUCGAUUAUUUCAGCAGGUGUUUCAAUUGGAGGAUGGAUUUUAUGGUGUAUGUUACUAGUAGGACUAUACAAAACCAAGCUCAGCACAAUAUACUAUGUUGAACAUGGGUUGUUUGAGCAUUUUGGUAAAGACUUUACGUUUUGGGCAAGCAUAUUGAUAUUGACGGUUGUUGGAAUUUGGAUUGAUUUGAUUUUUUACCUUGUAUCGCAUCUAUUCUACACAACAGAGACCGAAAAAUACCAAAUUCUAGAGAAGGAUGAGAGGCUCCAAAAGAGGUUUGAAAUUGAAUCGUAUAAUGAGCUGAAACAAGGAUGGUUAUGGUUACAUGAGUCACAGAUCAAGGAAGGGAAAAUCGAUGAACUGAAGGGAUUCAAGAGAUUUAUCUUCAAUCUCAAGAGUUUCCUCAAGAAAGGUUCACUGCACCCGACUGAGAAGACACAAUCACGCAAGAGAAAGGGGACCAUGAUCAAUCCGAACGAAUUGCCACCGGAUACGCCGAGUAUUGUUGUGGUGAGUUCUAACGAUGAGUACACUGAGGAAAUGCUGCCAAGUGGUAAGACAGUGAAAGUGCCCAAGAAUCAAGGCAAUGGGGAGGAGAGCAGGUACAGGAGGUUUUUCAAAUCCAGAAAGUCCUCAUUUGAUGAGUUUAACGACGGGCGAAGCAUCGAUGAGAUUCUACGUGAUCGGCAAAGGGGUUUGGAGUAUGAUGAAAGUCAUCGUUGA